GCAACCAAUAUUACGCUCUGCUAUUCUAACCUCAGUUUUAUUUAACCUAAAAACAAGAAAAAAAUGUCCAAUCUUGAAAUAAAAACUCUAGAAGCUGAAAUAGCAGCUCUAGAAAGGACAUUAGACGAGAAAAAAUUCAGGCUUCAACAACUCAAAUCUGAACAUGUCUCUUGUCCUUACUCGGAUGUUUUAAGUUCAGAAGAGAUUGUACGGUACAGUCGUCAAAUAAUAAUGCCCCAAAUUUGUAAAUCAGGCCAAAUCAAGCUUAAAGAAAGCAAAAUUUUAAUUGUGGGUGCUGGGGGCUUAGGAUGUCCCGCUUCCCUGUAUCUUGCAGCUGCCGGAGUUGGAGAAAUUCAUAUUGUAGAUUAUGAUGAAGUUGAACUAUCCAACUUGCAUAGACAGAUUUUACAUUAUGAGCAUGAUAUCGGGCUACCAAAAGUACAAUCAGCCUCUGAGAAAUUAAAAAGACUCAACAGUAACAUCAAAAUUGUUCCAUUGCACAUUCACGCCUUCAGCUCUAUAACCGACUUUGUGCAGAAGAAUAAAUACGACGCUGUCUUGGACUGCACUGACAAUGCCCCCACACGCUAUUUACUCAACGAUAUUUGCGUAAUUCACAACAUUCCACUUGUCUCAGGCAGUGCCCUACAAAUGGAGGGCCAAUUAACAGUUUACCAUUAUAACAACGGCCCCUGUUACCGUUGCCUAUUCCCCAAGCCACCACCAGCUCACACUGUAACAAAUUGUGGAGACGGUGGUGUUCUGGGAUCAGUCUGUGGCGUAAUCGGGGUGUUACAAGCCCUCGAAACCGUAAAAAUUUUGACUCAAAUGGAGGGUGUUCUAUCAGGCCGGUUGUUGAUUUUCGACGGCUCGGAGACAACUUUUCGUAAUGUGAAGUUGCGACAAAGAGUUACGACGUGCGAGGUUUGCGGGGAUAAUCCUAAAAUAAAAGAACCGGUGGAUUAUGAGCAGUUUUGCGGAGCCAGAGCUCACGAUAAGGUGGUCAAUAUUAAUAUUUUGGAGAGCGAGGAAAAUGUGACUGUUGAACAGCUCAGAGGUGUUUUAGACGGAAAUAAUAUCGUGAUUGAUGUGCGAUCGGAACUGGAGUUUGAUAUGUGUAGGUUACCAAAUACUGUAAAUUUACCCUAUGCCAAAAUACGGGAUAAUAAGAGUUUGGGCGAGUUGGAGGGCCUGGUAAAAAGGGCAAGGGAAGGGAAUAAAAACGUUUAUUUGUUGUGUAGGCGAGGAAACGACUCUCAAAGGGCCACAAGUUACCUACGACAGAAUUUUUCCAACACUUCGGUCCGAUUCUGGAAUGUUAAAGGUGGGCUUCACGCCUACUCGAAGUCGAUUGAUCCAACAUUCCCUGUUUAUUAAUUUUGAAUAAAAUUUUUAUCCACAA